AUGUUGUUCACCCGAUUCGUCAAGACGGUUCCCGCCAGGGCUCCGGCCUUUUCAUCUCCCAUGAGCUCCUUCCAGACGCGCUUCAUGGCCACUGUUCGCUCUCAGAGGCCUCUUGAGCGAGCAACUUUUACGAUCCGAGAUGGUCCUAUCUUCCACGGAAAGUCCUUCGGUGCCCGCACCAACAUUUCCGGAGAGGCCGUCUUCACCACCUCUCUGGUUGGAUACCCUGAAUCCCUGACUGAUCCCUCCUAUCGUGGUCAGAUCCUGGUUUUCACCCAGCCUUUGAUUGGUAACUACGGUGUUCCGUCUGCUGAGAAGGACCCUCACGGUCUUCUCAAGUACUUCGAGUCGCCCAACCUCCAGGCGGCUGGUGUCGUCGUGGCUGACGUUGCUGAACAAUACUCUCACUGGACUGCCGUUGAGAGUCUCGGCGAAUGGUGCGCCCGUGAGGGUGUGCCUGCCAUCUCUGGCGUUGACACUCGUGCCAUCGUCACGUACCUCCGUGAGCAGGGUUCUUCCCUUGCUCGUAUCACCGUUGGUGAGGAGUACGACGCCGAUCAGGAUGAGGCUUUCACCGAUCCCGAACAGAUUCACCUUGUUCGCCAGGUCAGCACCAAGUCUCCCUUCCACGUGAGCGCAGCGGACCCUCAGUGUCACGUCGCUGUUCUCGAUUGUGGAGUCAAGGAGAACAUUCUGCGCAGCCUCGUCAGCCGCGGUGCUAGCAUUACCGUCUUCCCCUUCGACUACCCCAUCCACAAGGUCGCUCACCACUUUGACGGUGUUUUCAUCUCCAACGGCCCCGGUGACCCUACCCAUUGCCAGGACACCACCUACCACCUCCGCCGCCUGAUGGAGACCUCUCAGGUCCCCAUCUUCGGUAUCUGCCUGGGUCACCAGCUCCUUGCUCUGGCUGCUGGCGCUCGCACCAUCAAGUUGAAGUACGGUAACCGUGCCCACAACAUCCCUGCUCUCGACUUGACUACUGGUCGCUGCCACAUCACCAGCCAGAACCACGGUUACGCCGUGGAUGCAUCCACUCUGCCCUCUGACUGGAAGCCAUACUUCGUCAACCUGAACGACUCCAGCAACGAGGGUAUGAUUCACAAGUCUCGCCCCAUCUUCAGCACCCAGUUCCAUCCCGAAGCCAAGGGUGGCCCUCUCGACUCUUCCUACCUCUUCGACAUCUAUCUUGACAGCGUGAAGAAGUACAAAAACAGCCAGCUGGCUUUCCACCCCAGCCGUGAGACCGCUCCUAGCCCUCUCCUGGUUGACUUGCUUCCUAAGGAGCGUGUCGAUGUCGCGCCUACCAUCGGUAUGCAGAACGUGGCUGCUGCCGCCGCUGCCGCCGCCGCCGCCGCUUAA